AUGAAACCAUCUAAACUGCAAGAUCAUCUGAGAAGAUGUCACCCUGAUAAAACAGAGAAAGAUUUGAAAUACUUUCAAACACUCAAAGAUAAAUUUCAGAAGAGACCUACACUGGACAGAAUGUUCGCUUCGACGUCACAAAGAAAUGAUGAUGGUUUACGGGCGUCUUACAAUAUCUCGUUACUUAUAGCAAAAUCCGGAAAACCGCAUACUAUCGGAGAGAAGUUAAUUUUGCCAGCCGUUGAAGAGGUUUUAAAAACUGUUUUACACAAACCUGCAUCUGAUAUCAUUAAAAGAAUUCCAUUAAGCAACAAUACUGUUGAAAGACGUAUUGAUGGAAUGAGUUCUGAUAUUGAAAGCUUCUUAUGUAAUUAUUUGCAACCGACCCAUUUCUCUAUAGAACUGGACGAGUCAACUUUACCUGUUAAUCCUGCAUUAUUAUUGGCAUAUGUUCGUUUUAUUAUGAAUCAAGAAAUCUACGAAGAACUGCUCUUCGCAAGAACUUUGAUUACCGACACUAGAGGUGAAUCAAUAUUUCAUGUUUUGGAGGAUUACUUCAUUGAAAAAGCAAUUCCUUUAUCAAAUAUAAUAUCAGUAGCUACAGAUGGAGCACCUGCCAUGACAAGCUGCCAGGAAGACGACGUUUCAACUUACGUUCAACAUUUAAAUGCCCUCUAUUCAGAUUUUGAAUCUAGGUUUGAGGAUAUUUUGACUAUGGUAAUACCACCGUGGAUAAUUAAUCCAUAUGGUGACAUAGAAGAAACGAAUGUCAUAAUACAAGAGGAACUGACUGAACUAAGUACAGACGAAGAACUUAAGGUCCAGCUUAAAAUCGGAUAUCAGCAAUUCUGGAUGCAAAACAACAUACCCGUUACUUAUCCCGUAUAA